UCAUAUGAUCAUCAUUAACUGGAGAUACUUUCAUUAGUAGGCGUUGACUCCUCGAAAAAUUCGAUCUAGAAUUCGUGUAUUCAAAAAGUAAUUGAAAGAUCAUUGCUAGACAAAGAUCGGCAAAUCUUUGAACUUCAAAAUGGCAUUAAGCGACGCAGAUGUACAGAAACAGAUCAAUCACAUGAUGGCUUUCAUUGAGCAAGAAGCCAAUGAAAAAGCAGAGGAAAUUGAUGCUAAAGCAGAAGAAGAAUUUAAUAUUGAAAAAGGACGUUUAGUUCAACAACAAAGGCUUAAAAUUAUGGAAUAUUAUGAAAAGAAAGAAAAACAAGUAGAACUUCAGAAAAAGAUUCAAUCAUCCAAUAUGUUGAAUCAGGCUCGUCUAAAAGUUCUGAAGGUUAGAGAAGAUCAUGUGCGUAAUGUACUUGAUGAAGCUAGGAAGAGAUUGGGAGAAGUAAUACAAGAUAUUUCACGAUAUAGAGAAAUUUUAAAGUUAUUAAUUGUACAAGGAUUAUGCCAGUUAACAGAAAGCCACAUUAUUAUUCGUGUACGUCAAAUAGAUCUUCCUCUGGUAGAAUCACUUCUUGAUUCUGUUCAGGAUGCUUAUAAACAAAUAACAAAAAAGGAUGUUACAGUUAAAAUUGAUCAAGAUAAUUUCCUUCCUUCUGAUAGUUGUGGUGGUGUUGAUUUACUUGCAGCAAGAGGACGUAUAAAAGUCAGCAAUACUUUGGAAACACGAUUAGAAUUAAUAGCACAGCAACUAACACCCGAUAUACGUUCUGCCCUAUUUGGAUCCAAUCCUAAUCGCAAAUUCAAUGAUUAAAAAAUUCCUCUCACAUUUUCUUUUUCUCUUCUUUUCAUUUUAGUUCCCUUUCUAACAAGACAUUCUAGAACGCUAAAAAAAACUAAGAAUCUGUUGUGUAGACUGUAGAAUCUGUUGUUAAUACUGUUAAAAAGAGAGAGAAAGUGAAAUUGUAAAUUAUAUAUAUAUAUAAACAUAUACAUACA